CCCAAGCCAGCUCAAAUUGCUUAUAAGUUUGUAAGUACAUGGCUUUUUAAUACCCCGAGAAAAGCAGAAAACUGAACCCAAAAACCCAAAAGCCACAGACACAGAAACACACACACUCGCCAAAUUCUCACGGCCAUGGAACCAAAACAAUAAAAUAAAAAGAAAGAAAGAAAAAGAUUUUAAUAAAGAGAGGGAAAAUAAAUUUACCAGUAAAAAGAAAAUUUCAGAAAAAAACACAGAAGAGAGAGAGAGAGAGAGAGAGAGAGAUGGGGGAUGUGUAUGAGUAUGACAAAAAUGCCUGUUCAUCUUCAGCUUCAGUGGCUCAAACUGUUGCGGCCCCAGACGAAAUCUCGCUAUUUCUGCAGCAGAUUCUGGUCCGAUCAGCAUCCUCGUCAUCAUCGUCUUCAGAUUCUUCUACCUUGGUUGCGGCCCAAGCGGGCAUGCGAGCGCAGUUUUCGUUGUCUUCGCCUUCGUCCAUUAUGGGAUUCUGUACCUCCCAUGGCUUGCCGGACAAUAUGCAUCGUCAAUGUCGGCCUCAGUUCCUAGGGGAAGGGAUCUCGGCCAUUGACUCUUCCGGUGCUUACUUUUUGGGCAAUGCGAGUGCGAAUGCUCCGAAUGUGUCAUCUUCUUCAUUGGGAGCGAGUGAGAAUGAGAACGAUGAUUAUGAUUGCGAAAGCGAGGAGGGUCUGGAAGCGUUGGUGGAAGAGGUACCCACAAAGCCUGUUGCUCGCAGUUCCUCAAAGAGAAGCAGAGCUGCAGAGGUUCAUAACUUGUCUGAAAAGAGGAGGAGGAGUAGGAUCAAUGAGAAAAUGAAGGCAUUGCAGAAUCUGAUUCCAAAUUCUAACAAGACGGACAAGGCUUCGAUGCUUGACGAGGCAAUUGAGUAUCUUAAGCAGCUUCAGCUCCAAGUACAGAUGUUAUCUAUGAGAAAUGGAUUAAGCUUGCAUCCUAUGUGUGUACCUGGAGCAUUGCCGCCUAUUCAACUCUCCCAGACGAGAAUGGACUUUGGAGAGGGAAAUAGAUCUCUGCAUCUGAAUAUGUCAGGCACCCUUCCUAUGGAUCAAGAAACCUCAACACAAAAUCUGUUUGGUUUGUCCAAUCAAUGCUCUGCCCCAAACCAGACAUUUGUACCUAAUAUGUCAAGUAUAAUCGGCUCUGAAAGUUCCUUUGGAAUCGAACCAUCAAUUCAGGCUCACUUAGGACCAUUUCAACUGCACACAUCAGCUGAGGAAAUUUGCAAGGAUGUCGCAAUGCAGCAUCAACAGACAAUUGUAAAUCAUCUAGAGACAAAUCCUUUAGACUCUAAUACAGGAGGCACGGCUACUGUGGCCUUCAAUGCACAAACAUCCAAUAUAAAGGGAAGUAACUAUCUAGAAACAUGCAUCACAGAAAGAGACCGGUUAGAAGGGGGGCUUCUAAAGGCCAUGGAGCAAAACCUUCUUGCAGACAGGAAGGUGUGUCCCAAAUGAUGACAUUAAGAUGGAAAGAACAGACCUUUGAAGUUCUUUUCGACUUGGCUACUCAAAUUUUUUGGAUCCAGUAUAGGCUAUAACUUCCACCUGAUUUUGGAGAUGGAAUUGUGCUGAGUCUCAGAAACUAUGCUAAGAUUUAUGAGCUUGCUUCUAAGCUAGAUUACAAUUUAGUAGAAUGUCUUUUGAACAGGCAUGGCAAGGCUUGUUAAUUAAUUGGUAGAAACCGGAUAUAAGACACGUAAACUCUUUAUUUAUUUAUUUUUUAGUGGCCACAUCUUAUUUAUAUCAUCUACUGUAUCCAUUAUAGCUAAGAAAAGGAACAUCUGUAUUCUGUAUCUAUGAACAUAUGCAAGCACUAUUAUUCACAAUUUGUAAUUCAUCUGAAAAAAAUCUUGUCUA